CAGACCCUGUGGCCAACUCCCUCCGCAUCCACCCCCUUCCUACCGAACGAUGAUCCGGGUCUUGUUCUUGGGGUACCUGCGCCCAUCAUGAUCCCUCCGGAGUCCGACGAGUCCCCCUUGGCCUCCGGCCUGACCCUGGGCCACGACGAUAUCGUCCUUCCCGAAGACCUCGACAACCAUAGCCGGGCCAGCUCGCGUGAUCCCGGCAGCGCCGUUACUGCCGGUGAUCCGGGUACCUCGCACGAGUCGGGGAUUGAUGCCCACCGGGACGACGGCAGAGGCGACCCCGCACACAAUCACGACCAACAGGGAGGCGAAAAACCAGCGUGGAGCGAAAUGAAGACGAAAGCCGGCAAGGAGCGAAAGCGCCUACCCCUCGCCUGCAUUGCUUGUCGAAGAAAAAAGAUCCGAUGCUCCGGCGAAAAGCCUGCGUGCAAGCACUGCUCGCGCUCUCGAAUACCAUGUGUUUACAAGGUCACUACCAGAAAGGCGGCGCCCCGGACGGACUACAUGGCGAUGCUGGAUAAGCGCCUGAAGAGGAUGGAGGACCGGGUCAUCAAAACCAUCCCCAAGGAAGAGACUAGGGAUAUGGGUGCCAUUGGCCGGUCGGUGGUUCGACCGCCUCAACCCGGACAGACCAACAAGGCGCAGAAGAAGCGGACAGCGGAAGAGGCUUUUGCUGCGGAAAUGGAUGAGUGGGCUCGGGAGAGCCGCAAUGGUCCGCAGGAUACCUUUCCGAUGCGCCGUGAGAGUAAACCAGGUGAUGCGUCGGGCUUAAUGAGUGCAGGUGCCGAGUUUUUACCGUCAUUGGAGAUCCAGGAGCACCUGGCAGAGGUGUUCUUCGAUUGCGUCUACGGGCAGUCCUACCUCCUUCUUCACAAGCCAAGCUUCAUCCGAAGACUCAAGGCAAGAACCGUUCCUCCAGUUCUUAUACUUGCCGUUUGCGCCGUUUCCGCUCGAUUUUCAACACAUCCACAGAUCAAUUCCGAACCUCCUUUCCUGCGUGGCGAGAACUGGGCCAAUCCAGCAGCUGCUAUAGCCCUGAGUCGCCAUGACGAGCCUAAUAUCACUAUUCUGACCGUGUUUUUGCUUCUGGGUCUUCACGAGUUCGGUACAUGUCAUGGCGGGCGGAGUUGGUCAUUCGGUGGCCAAGCACUGCGCAUGGCGUAUGCCCUGCAAUUACAUAGGGAGCUCGACCAUGACCCUCUACUAGUCCAGAACAAUGGCAACGGAUCGCAGCUUAGUUUUACGGAUCGGGAGAUACGAAGGCGAACCAUGUGGGCGUGUUUCUUGAUGGACCGUUAUAAUUCAUCCGGGAGUCAGCGCCCGCCGAUAGGAAACGAGAAGUUUCUGCAAAUACAGCUCCCUAUAAAGGAGUCACAUUUCCAGAUGGAGAUCCCGGGGCCCACGGAAGACUUGGACGGCAAUGUUCUCAAUCCAGUUCCAGACGAUGUUGGUCAGCUAUCUAAUGCGAAGGAGAACAUGGGUGUAUCAGCCUAUAUCAUCCGUGCAGUUGUCAUAUGGGGCCGCAUCGUUGAUUAUCUCAACCUCGGAGGAAAAAGAAAAGACACGCAGCCACUGUGGUCGCAGGAGUCUGGGUACAUGCGCCUCAAGCGGCAGAUUGAGGAGUUUUCCGCGUCUCUCCCUAGCCAUCUCUUGUUCACUUACGAAAACCUUCAGAUCCAUGCAGCCGACCGAAUCGCCAACCAGUUCAUCUUUCUGCACAUUAUCAUCCACCAGAACAUGCUCUUCUUGAAUCAAUUCGCCAUACCGCUAUCACCGGGAGGACGACCUCCCCGUGACAUGCCUAAGGCAUUCCUGAGCAAUGCCGGCCGAGCAGCAGUGGAAGCUGCUCAUCAUAUUUCUAUCCUCAUCGACCGUGCAUCAGCUUAUCCUCUCACUGUCCCGUUCGCUGGAUACUGCGCUUAUUCGGCCAGCACUGUCCAUAUAUGGGGCAUAUUCUCGAAAAACGCACAGUUGGAGGCGCGUUCCAAGGAAAAUCUGCGCCAUACAUACCGUUACCUCAAUAAGAUGAAGAAGUAUUGGGGAAUGUUUCAUUACAUGGUAGAAAGUGCCAAGGACCGAUACCGUCAAUUUGCGGAUGCGGCCAUCAAAGGCACGGUGGUUACGCAGAAUGGUGGGCAGAUUGCGCCUAUGUUCCAGUAUGGCGACUGGUUCGACAAGUAUCCCCAUGGGAUGUCGAGGUCACACUGGGAGGAACCCGAUCCUCAAAAGGCAAAGAGCGACGAUGGUGUCAUGAGUCAACGGCCAGACCUUCAGAGCGUCGAGGAGUUCUUUGCCAGUCUUUCUCCAACACCACAGCCGAGCGCCCCGCGUAGGCAUUCGAAGAAGAGCAGCAAAGCUGACAGCGUGAGCGGGUUCGAUGGACCAACUCCCCCACAGUCAAUGAAUGAAAUCGCCAUGGACGGCGCCCCGGGCAUGCUGGGAACAACCGGUACAGGAUUCCCUCAGCCGGCCGUGUUCAACCAGAACCGCGCGGGACAACAGCCCUUCGCACAACCCGGCUUCGACUUUUCCAUGCCCGCAGCAGACCAACUCCCGCAGCUAGACCGACAAUUUGUCUACGGCUCCUUUGGCGACUUUGACCCGUCUGCAUCCCUCGUCCCACCCGAGAAUCCGGCGAUGCCCGCUCCCGUGAACCGCCCCGAAGCUCCCCCUAAUCAAGAUCCCUCCACCAUCUUUACCGGUCAACUAGACCCUAAUGCCCCGUCCGGUGCAGGUGAAUACUAUCAACCCAGCGCCUGGUUCUUGCCCUUCAACCUCGACCCCGUGGGCGCCGGUGGAGGCCUUGAUCCAAAUUCACAAGCCGCCGGUUCUGGUAACCCUGUCGUGGGAGGUCCCGAUCUGUCUGGGUUCGGAAACAUACCAAUGGGAGCAUUUGACUUAGGACUGGGGGUGAACCGGGGUUCACAGGCAUGAGCAAUUGUAUUUUUGUGUCUGCGGAUAGGAGGAAAUAUCAUUUGAUUUGGCUUUUAGUUUUCAGCGGGGUACAUUCGGGCUUGGGGCGGACGGUCUGGUUUUGGAAAAGAUUUUGGAGUUUAUGAACGACCUUGGCUAUGUGGUAUAUGCGACGCGACGCUUUUAGUCUGGUCUGGUCAUGUCAUGCCUUGAUGCUGUGUAUUUAUAUUAUGGUUAUAUAUUCGACAGGAAU